GAUGGGGACGGUCGGGACUCCUUGUCUGUGGUUGGCGGGCGCUGAGUUGAGCAGCUUCUGUCGGUUCUCAUUUGACUCUGAAGACAGACCCGUGAGCUCUGUCCAUCUCCUCAGGACAAGCUCAGAGACCUAGUGAUGGCUGUCCAGCAGCUCCUUCCUGGUGGGCUCCAGGUCUUGGUUUCCUUUGAGGAUGUGGCUGUGUUCCUCUCCCGGGAGGAGUGGGGCCGUCUGGGCCCCACUCAGAGGGGCCUCUACAGGGAUGUGAUGCUGGAGACCUAUGGGAACCUGGUCUCACUGGGACUUCAAGGUUACAAACCUGAUGUCAUCUCCAGGCUGGAGCAGGGGGAGGAGCCGUGGACCCCACACUCACUGAGAAUUGUGGGGAGCUGGAGCUGGAGGCACAAGAGUGAAGGUUGCGAUUCUAGGGUUGAAGAAAAGGAAUUGACUCCAAUGCAGAAAAUUUCUGAGGAAAUGCAGUCCCAAAGGGCAAAAUCAGAACAUGUGAGGAAUACUUCUGAGGAGCCUGAAGAGAUGAGUAAAAUGGAGGGAAAGGUACAGAGUUGCUGGAGAAAAUCUGCAGUAGAAGAACUUAAGAAACCCUUGUCCCAGAAGGGGAAUUUCAGACCAGGGAUCAUGACCCAUGUGAAACCCCUCACAGGGGAGGAUGGCCACAAAUUCAGUGUCAUUGGGGAAAGCUGCACUACAUACUCAAGUCCUGUCAAACGUCUUAGAGCAGGGAGUGUCCAUCGGACCAUGUCAUGUGUUGAGGACUAUCAGCAGCACGAAGACUUCAUUAACCUCCAGAGUUCCCAGUUAGGAGAAAGAGCCUGCCAGACAGAGGUGUUUGUGAAAGUACCUAGGCAGAAUUCAGUUCUUAAUGAGAAUCAGAGGAUUAACAAUCCAGAGAAACCGUUGGCGUGUGCUGAGUGUGGAAGAACUUUCAGUCAGAACAGAGUUCUUAUUCAGCACCGGAGAGUUCACACUGGAGAGACACCUUAUGCAUGUGCCAAAUUUGGCAAAGCUUUCAGUCGGUGCUCUGUCCUUAGCAAGCACCAGAGAGUUCACACUGGGGAGAAGCCCUAUGCAUGUGGUGAAUGUGGCAAAACUUUCAGUGCUCAUUCGUACUUUAUUCAGCAUUGUAAAAUCCACACUGGAGAGAAGCCCUGUGAGUGUAAUGAAUGUGGGAAAGCUUUUAGUACACGUUCAUCUUAUAUUCAGCAUCUAAAAAUUCAUACUGGAGAGAAACCUCAUGAGUGUAAUCAGUGUGGGAAAGCUUUCAGUCACAGCUCUAAUCUGAUUCAUCAUCAGAGAAUUCACAGUGGGGAGAAGCCUUACGAGUGUAAUGAAUGUGGGAAAGCCUUCAGCAGACAGUCACAUCUUGUCCAGCAUCAAAGAAUCCAUUCUGGAGAGAAACCUUAUGACUGUAAUGAAUGUGGGAAAGCCUUUAGUGCACGAUUAUCUCUCAUUCAACAUCAGAGAAUUCACACAGGAGAAAAGCCCUACGAAUGCAGUGAAUGUGGAAAAUCCUUUAGCUUGAACCGAACCCUUAUUGUCCAUCAGAGAAUCCACUCUGGAGAGAAACCCUAUAGGUGUAAUGAAUGUGGAAAAUCCUUCAGUCAAUGCUCACAGGUUAUUCAACAUAAGACAGUUCACACUGGAGAGAAGCCUUAUGUCUGCAAUGAGUGUGGAAAAUCAUUCAGUGCUCACCUGUCCCUUAUUCAGCACCAGCGAAUCCACACUGGAGAGAAGCCUUAUGGAUGUAGGGAGUGUGGAAGGACCUUUAGUCAAAAGGGACAUCUUAUCCAGCACCAGCGAAUCCACACUGGAGAGAAGCCCUAUGAGUGUAAGGAGUGUGGGAAAGCCUUCAGUCAGAGUUUUAACCUUGUUCACCACCAAAGAACUCACAAUGGCGAGAAGCCGUACAAGUGUAAUGAAUGUGAUAAAGCCUUCAGUGUGCUUUCUUCCCUCGUGCAACACCAGAGAGUACACAGUGGGGAGAAGCCCUAUGAGUGCCAUGACUGUGGGAAGGCCUUCAGCCAGGGCUCACACCUUGUUCAGCACCAGAGGAGUCACACCGGAGAGAAGCCCUAUGAGUGUAAUGAGUGUGGGAAAACCUUUGGGCAGAUAUCCACCCUAAUUAAGCAUGAGAGAACACACAAUGGGGAGAAGCCCUAUGAAUGCCAUGACUGUGGAAAGGCCUUCAGCCAGAGUGCCCACCUUCUCCGCCAUCGAAGAACUCACACUGGAGAGAAUCCGCACGAGUGCAGUGACUGUGGGAAGGCCUUCAGUGUCCGCUCCUCUCUCAUCCAGCAUUAUAGGAUUCACACUGGUGAGAAGCCCUACGAGUGUAGCCAGUGUGACAAGGCCUUCAGUCAGCAUUCACAGUUUAUUCAGCAUCAGAGAAUUCACACUGGAGAGAAACCCUACAUGUGCAACGAAUGUGAGAAGUCCUUCAGUGCACGCUUAUCCCUUAUUCAACACAAGAGAAUCCACACUGGAGAGAAACCGUACAAAUGCACUGAAUGUGGAAAAUCUUUCCGACAAAGCUCUCACCUUAUUCGACACCAGAGAAUUCACAGUGGGGAGCGACCUCAUACGUGCAAUCAGUGUGGAAAAACUUUCAGGCAGAGACUAACUCUUACUAGUCAUGAGAAAAUACAUAGAAUUCACAUUGGACAGCAAGCCUGUCAAUGUAGCAAGUGUGGGGAGCUCUUUAGUGCACAGUCAGUGUUCAUUCAGUAUCGUGCAUUUCACAGUGGAGAGCUCUGCUGAUAAGCUCUCCACUGUUUUAUGUUAUGUGUCACACCGGUGAGAAAGCAGCCACUUUAUGGUUUUCAUUUUGGAGAUCCAGCCCUUCAGGGGUUUAACUGUCUCUCUGAGCUGCUGACUGAGCACUAGCUGCUGAAUUACGUGGUAAAAAUGUCAAGGUAGCAUACCUUCCCUCAGGUUCAGAGGAUGGCUCCCUGCUUGAGCAUUUUAAACAGGUGCAAUUUAAGUGUAAUGAUUUAGGCGUGUUUUGUAGCUCCAGCCCUGAGAGUGCAGUUAGGCAUUUCAUUUGACCACUUGCUUUACUUUCUAUUGUUCAUUUUGGCUUCAGGAGAGGUAACUGGGAGCCUCACUCAAGUGUGGUGGAUCCAGGCUGGAAUUUUCUUGUUUGGGCCUCUUCACAUGUUUUUGUCCUUUUGUGGGGGAUAUGGUGCCUCUACCUUCAAAACUAUUAUUCUUUUUUAACAUCAGAUGACCUGCGAAGGAGAGAAACCUUACAACUUCAAGCAAAAGUUUGUUAAUGAGGUGAGACCUGUA